GUCAAACCUCAUGGGAACUAAAUUUACAGUCUAUGACCGUGGAGUUAGCCCAGCCAAGGCACAAGGUCCAGUGGAAAAGGCUCACACGAGACAGGAGCUUGCAGCUAUUUGCUAUGAAACCAAUGUAUUAGGAUUCAAGGGUCCCCGAAAAAUGUCUGUGAUCAUUCCAGGAAUGAAUACGAAUAAUAAGCGAAUUCCAAUCCAUCCACGAAAUGAACAUGACAGUCUGCUGUCAAAAUGGCAAAACCAACAUUUAGAGAACCUCAUUGAGUUGCACAACAAGGCUCCAGUCUGGAACGAUGAUACACAAUCCUAUGUUCUGAACUUCCAUGGGAGAGUCACUCAGGCCUCAGUGAAGAACUUCCAGAUUGUCCAUGAAAAUGACCCUGACUACAUUGUGAUGCAGUUUGGGCGUGUAGCAGAAGAUGUGUUCACUCUGGACUAUAAUUAUCCUCUCUGUGCUCUUCAGGCCUUUGCUAUUGGACUCUCCAGCUUUGACAGUAAAUUGGCCUGUGAAUGA